GUAGUCUCAUUCUCCAAUUCAAAAAUCUCUCUCAAAAUUCACAAAUAUCCAGAGCACAGAAAUCGCUCAAUUUAGGAGAACAAAAACGAAGAAAUUUCUCCAAAACAUUUGAAAAUGUCGGCAGCGACGGCGGGAAAAUCAAGCUCGAAGAAGCGAGGCAGUGAAUCAGAUGUUUCGAAAUCGGAGAGGCUGAAGCGAGUCGUCAUAGAAGAUGAUUUCGACGCCGAUCUCUCCAAUGAUAUUAAAGGAAUUAUGACGGCUCUGCAGCAAAUUAGGCAGAAAGCUCAAAAGGACGGCGAGAAGAAGAACGAAGAAACUAUUUCCAGUGUGGCAUCAGAGAUCAAGUCAAAUCUUGAUGAGUUGAGAACAAAGCUUGAGAAGGACAGGCAAGCUUUUGCUAAAGCGCUAUCAAAGAGCUCAAAAGAGUGUGAAAAUUUGUUGAAGAAUGAAUCUACCAAGUUUCAAGCAGUGUACGAGAAUUUCUGCAAGGAGAAAACUGUACAUAUGCAGGGUUUGAAGGACGCAAUUUCGAAGUACGAGGAAGAAAAGGAAAAAUUAUUCAUGCGAUAUGAACAAUUAAGGAAGAAAGAGAAGAGUAUGAUAGCUGAACUUGAGAAAGCCUGUGCAAGUAGAAUUACUGACUUGGAGGAGUCGCUGAAGAAGAAGAAACAGGAUGACAAAACUUUUAGCAUUCUGAGAAAGACUCUGGGUUCUUUUCUGGAUAAUGCUUCUGAUGAAGACUUCCCACCAGAUGAUUGAAAUUUUGUCGGAACAGUUGUUUGCCACUUUUACUGACCCCGAAAUGACAAAAAUAGCAGUUCUUUCUGUUUUUUGGGUUAAAUCUUAUAUAUAGCUCUCUUCCUCCUAAACACACGUACUACCCUAUCCUUUUCCUCUAUGCAUUUUGUAUAGUAUAUUGGGAUGCUACCAGAUAUUCGUCCAGCUCCCAGUGUUGCCAUAGUUGUGAGUUCAAUGCCUUUAGCUGUCAGACCAGUAUACUCGAAUGUUUGGAAACUUCAGGUCCAAAUCUUUCGGCAGCCACUUCUACUUAUGGCCAAUUGCUCCCGAAGGCCAAUUAUGAUGUCUGCUGGUGUAUGUGCAUGCCCAAUGCAGGAGCCAGUCAUUCGCUUACGGCUUAUUCCUUUUUGAGUGGAGUCCGCUGGACCACAUACCUACAAACUCUUGGCGUUUGAGCAACUCUUUCGAUUACUUACAGACCUAGCAAGUACUCCUAAAGGUCAUUGUAUUAUUUGAGUUACUUAAUCGUAACGACAGCCAAUUUUAAACUUAUUCGUUGUCCACACACGAGUGGUGGUUUUUGGAAAGGUUUUCUCAAAU